AUGAUCCGGUUUGAGGAUGCCGGACCAAAGCCCAUGAAACAAGUUUUAAGUUGUUUGGUCAAGAUCCUCAGGAAACAUCCCGAUGAGAAAGAAGCUGACCUGAUUCGAAUCGGGGCUGUCAAUGCGAUAAUGCCUAGUGUUGUGCUUGGAGAUCCACGGUCACGACUGAAAUCUAGCCUCGUCGCACUGGAGCUUUUUGUACGGGAGAAUGCAAUCUCUCCCUCUCAGCUGAUGUCUUUGUUGCAUGACUGGCUCGUGGAACAUUAUGGUCGAUGGAUGCCCUUAUUUGAGAGCCACUGCGAGUGCUUAUCUAUAGAUACCACUCACUUUGUUGGUCAGAACCCCACAUGGCACGACUCCGACGUAAAGGUUAAGCGUGAUGUCUUGAUGGUCUUCAACUUGUCCCUACUGCUUCAUGCAAAAAGCUUGGGGUACGCCUCAACCGCUGGCUCUAUGCUGGCUCUCUUCUCUCGAAAAGCAAGCCAGGAGGUUGAAAGUGGGCAGGCUCCUUCCUUUGAACUCGCGUCUCCCUCAAUGAGCUGGGUUUCUCCGACGCGUCAUAUCAUGCUGGAGAACAUGGAAUUUUUAGAGUCAAUGUCAAACAACGUGCUAUAUCCGUUGUUUGCUUCUUGCUCUGGCGGAUUUCGCUCCUUUAUUAACCAGCUUCCCUUCCAGAGCUUGCUUUCCGGUGACAUGAAGGACGAAGGAAGCGUAGAUGAGUUCACGUUGCUCUUUUCUGCCUUGCAGGUUGCCAAAAAGCUUGGAUUAGUACAUGAAGAUCAUUUUGUUGGAAAACCGAGUUCAGCAGCGAAAGACAAGCAAGACGCUCUCAUUUUAAGGAGCGAAGUUCUCGGGCAGUUUCUGCUGCAUACAGAUCCGAGAAUUAGGGUUGCCUGUUUCUCCUUGCUAAUCACAGCGCCUUCUACGACGAAACCAAUAACGCCAGCGGCGCUGAAGGCCGUCAUGAGUGGCUUGCCAUCUCUCCAUGCGGAGUCGGACGCACAGUCAAGAGGCGAGAUAUUGAGUUUGAUUCGCAAGCUCAUGGUGCGCCUCAGGGGGACACAAGGACAUCGACAGGGCUCUGAUAAUGAAAUAAAAGAUGCAGAGCGUUUCUUGGAUGCCUUUGUGAAAUUCCUAGAAGGAGAGUUGAGGCCCGGCGCUUCAUAUCAACGACAUAUAUCUGCACUUAAAUCACUAUAUCUUGUUCUCAACACCAGUGUUGAUCCUCGCGUCAAAGGGGUGAAAGUGCAGAAGGCUGACGCUGAUCAGACGCCAUGGAGAUUCACCCUUGAUAUCUUACGUCCUAGUCUCUUCAGGCUUUUGGUCGACCUUCUGCUGGAUCCCUUUGAGGAAGUUCGCGCAAUGGCGCUAACUAUUCUCGGCCAUUUCCCCAGUGACUAUUCUGCGCAGUAUUCUGACCUCUCAGCAAGCGAGUUGGCCGGAAUAUCUGAGCGACUGACGGUUGGUCUAUCAAAAGCAGAGGCUCUGGCAAGCAACACCAGUAGAGCCGAUCAUGCGGACACAGUUGCUCGACUCUACCAUGCUAUUUUCUCUUUGGCAAGCCCAGGGCGCAAGCAGUCUUCUGAAACCCCAUGGUAUGAGAGUAAAAGAGAAAUCGUGAACACCAUAUUAGAGAAACUCGACAGGAAGCUAUCCCAGCCCGGAGGGCUUUUCAGCUCGACAAUACGUGAUGCGCCUCUCCACGGCUAUGUCUCCGCACUGAGCACAACAUCUCCCACUAAUUGUACAAGUCUUUUGCUUCAUGCCAUUGUUUCGAAUGUGACAUAUGGCCCAACUGAUGGCGAAACCGGUCUUCAAAGGUCAGAUUACGAAGCAAUAGGGGUGUUGAGUUUUAUCCAGCUCUCAGAGCUACGCCACAGAGGAGCUUUCACUGCGGUCUCACAAACUUUUGCGACUUGUUGUCUGCGUUGCGGUCAAAGUAGUAAUCCAACAAUCUCCAGUUUGCCAGAACUGUGGUACCAAGAAUCGGUGAAGAUCAUCGAAAAGCAAGCAUCAAAGCUCACCCGACGAUCUGCAGGCUUGCCUGCCUUAGUUACUGGAAUCCUCUGUGCAGACCCGGGAGGGCCGUUAUUCCAACGGGCGAUGUCUGAACUUCAGGAGAUCGCAAGACAGCCAGCAGAGCAGAAGGCCAGUUAUACAGAAUUGUGGCUGCCACAGGUUCAUGCGAUGAAUUGUCUGAAGGACAUCUUUGACAACACAAGACUCUCACCGCACACAGAGCCUUUUAUUAUGCCUUCCCUGACGAUAGCUGCUGAAUCUCUCAGCUCUUCAAUCUGGGCUAUUCGAAACUGCGGCCUGAUGCUCUUCCGCGCUUUGAUGAUGAAGAUGUGUCGGCUCCUUCCGGGGACCACCGUUGGAUUCAGCGGCGCUUCAGGCUCCGAUGCCGGCAUGAGAAUUCACUUUCAGAAAUAUCCUGGCUUGCUUCAGCUGCUCUCCAAGCUCCUGACUUCGGCAGACCAGAGUCAGGAUUCGCAAGAUGGGAAGGCUUCAACAGAGACUGAACGGGUCUUCCCAGCGCUGGAACUCAUAAUAGAAAAAGCCCCUUCACCUUCAGGUGACGAUGAUGCUCACCUGCGGAAGCUAGUGCUACAGCAGAUGAAGAGCAUGAUCUGGGCUGUUCGUGAUCAGGCAGCAAGGGUAUACGCCUCUCUUUUGCGCCCGAUCCACAUUCUGGAUGAGGUCCACUCUCUCCUGAGAGACAACGUGAACAUUGCUUCUCAGAACUAUGCACAUGGGAAGCUCUUAUGCAUUAGGUUUGCUUUGCGGCGGUUGUGGUUCUCCUCUCAUGGUUAUUGGCGUGAUCACUAUGGAGAAAUGCUGUCAAUCAUUCAAGAUACCUUCUCCAAGUUCUUCAUGGAUGCAUGCUCCCCCUUUGUUCAUGCUGCUAUGAUAGACAUCUUAACAGAUGCUCUUGAGAAGAGCAUCCAAUUUGGGAAAACAGGUGAAACUAUCGACUUCUUAAACAACGUGUUCGGAUUGUAUGAUCUCGAAACACUCCUGUACAGUCUUGUGGAGCAGUCCGAAGUAUCAGCAGGGACUGGCAGCGAAGCACGAGCAGCGUCACUGCUCCGACGCUCACUGGCAUGGAGCAUGAUAUUAAAGAUAAUGAUCGAACAGAAUUCAGAUUUAUCUUCCCGGUUGUCCGAUAUUUUCUUCAGUGUUUCUGCAGCCGAUGCUGAUGCCGCAUGCUGGGUUUUGCGACAAAUAGAUACUAUAUUCGAUGGCUGCGAGACAUAUCAGAAGCAGUUCCUGGGGCUAUACUUGUCGACCAUCUUGGGAGACAACCGGGAAGACGUCAAGACAGUCGCAGCUCUGAAUCUUGCCAAAAUACUUGAGAAUGCUCUGGAGAAAGGCCUGACGCUGGACCUCCCUGACGAAUGGGCCAGGUUAGGAGAUUACAUACGUUCUCAGUCUCGGGAACAGACUUGGAGCAGGGAAAUAGUUGAAAGCGUUUUGCGGCUUCAAGGCUGUCUAAUGACUAUUCAGUGUGCCAUCCCUACAAGCGAACUGGAGUCUUCUAGGAAUCUCGUGCUCGAUCUUCGUCGAUGGGCCAUCAGUCUUCGCUUUGCAUUGAGUGAAGAAACUGUAUUCUCGACGAGAUACGCAGCUGUAAUGUCUUUGAAGACAUUUGGCCGUGUUCUGCGAAAACCAGGUGGGAUGGCCGAAACGAGCCCUGUCUUCUUGGAAAUCUACCUGAUUCUCUAUGACAUGCUCAACGACGACGAUGAGGAACUUCGUGAUAUUGCCGCGACAGUAGCCUCAUGGGUCCUGUCAUACUCGUCCGUGUCUCCAGAAAAGGCCGUCGUCUUGGGUGCCCUUCCAGCGAGUGACCGUCUCGCGGAUUUCCUUGCCAACAACUACUCCAAGUCUCCGUUCUUGUUCCGCGAAACUGUCGAACGUCUUCUUGGCGAGGAGAGCCAUCGCUGGAACUCGAGAAGCAAGAAAGGGCUCAUUCCCGUUUCGGCUCGCAUGUCGGAGUACAGGAAAGAAAGCACCGUCCUUUUCGAAGAGGAGAGACAGAACUUGUUUAUCGACGAUGUUCGUGAAGUCGACAUUUGGAGCGGGGUUCUGUUGAGAUUAGAGAAGGAUUCAUAUGACCAGAGGCUGCUUAGGACUCUCUUUGAAUGGGUAUCAGAGGGUCUGGAAUACCUCGUAGAUGUAACGUCUGCGGGCGAUCAAGAUGGCGUGCUUGGGUGGACGUCUAAACCUGAGGUCUACACUCUGGGUAUCCAGGUUUUCAGCACCGCAGCGCUGUUCGUAUCAAGAGACUUGGCCGUCGAGUCCCAUCUGCCCAAUGCCAAGGUGACCAUAUUAGACAAGCUUGGGCUAUUGCUCGAGAAAGGUCGAGCAGUCUCGUUGCAUCCUCACUGGCUCACAAGGAUCGAAUCUGUUCGCUCUCUGGCAUAG